AUGGUUCUUGAAGGCACAACCUUUUCUCCUGAAGUCCAGCAGCGCAUCAAAAAGUAUGCAAUCACCACAGACCCUCAGAUUAACCCAAAAUCAAACCCCUUUGUCGAGAAAAUCGCAACCAUCAAGCUCGGAAAAAACAGAGUCCAGGCCGCCCCAAUUCCUGGAUCCCAAGAGUCCGGGUACUCAGCUAUCUACCGUAACAUCCACACCCCAGAUAGACUCAUUUCUUCAUCACAUCCUAAAGUCGCAACUGUAAUCGAUCUUUUUGAAGCUUCAGUCGCACACGGCCCUAACCAACCUUGCAUGGGCCAGCGAUCUUUCAAUCAAGAAUCAAAGUCAUGGGGUCCUUUCACUUACGAAACAUAUGCCCAAGUCAAGCAGCGUGCCAUUGACACUGCAUCUGGCAUAAUUAAUAUCGUCGAAAAGGCCAAUUCAAUAGAGCCAAACAAAAAACAAUACGUGGUUGGUCUCUAUGGCCCAAACACCCGCAAUUGGGUUGUUGCUGACUUGGCAUGUGCUUACACCGCCUUGACCAGCGUCCCUCUUUAUGACACCCUGGGCCCGGAGUCCACUCAAUACAUUAUAAACCUCACCGAGAUGCCCAUCAUUUUUGCUUCGUUAGCUCACAUUCCAUAUCUACUCUCAAUUAAGGAUAAACUCCCCCUGCUCAAGACUCUUGUUUCAUUGAACGAAUUUGAGUCUCCAGAGUUUUAUGAACAACCUGGCUAUGGUAAACGCGAUCUAGUCACCAAAUGGGCAGCCUCAGUUGGUGUCACUGUUUAUUCCAUGUCUGAAGUCGAAGCUAUUGGACAAAAGUCCCCCCGCAAACUCAGAAAAUUAGUUCCUGAGGAUAUUCAAUCUCUCUGCUUCACUUCUGGCACAACUGGCUUACCAAAGGGUGUUAUUAUUUCCGCUUCUGCCGUCGUUGCUGGAGUCUGUGUCUCCAAGUACCAGGAAGCAUUUGAGACUGCCGUUGGCCAAGUGACGUACCUUUCUUUCCUCCCCCUUGCCCAUAUUUACGAGCGGGUCGAUAUAUACUCGCUGCUGGCAAACAACUCCAAGGUGGGCUUUUUCCACGGAGAAGUCACUGAGCUCUUUGAUGACAUUCAGGUGCUACAGCCUACCCUGCUUGCAGGUGUACCGCGUGUUUGGAAUAGAAUGGCUGCAGCUAUUAAAGCUUCCACAAUCGAAGCAGAUGGCUUUGCAGGUGUGCUUUCUCGUAAGGCAUUCAACACCAAGGUGACUCGUCUCCGUGAGACUGGUGUCUACACACACGCUCUCUGGGACCGUCUUUGGUCUAACAAGAUUAGAACAAAGUUGGGCCUGGGCUCUACAAAGGCCUUUAUUUCUGGCUCUGCCCCACUGGCAGGAGAAAACAUUGAGCUUCUUAAGGCUGCUCUUGCUAUCGAUUUGCUUCAGGGCUACGGUCUUACUGAGAGUUUAAGUGGUGUUUCCGUCUGCAUGAUGGGCGAUAUUGGUGCUGGUUCAGUUGGCCCUGUGGCGCCUACUACUGAGAUUCGCCUCAGAGAGCUCCCAGAUAUGAACUACCUCAGCACAGACAAGCCUUAUCCCCGCGGCGAGAUUUUACUGAGAGGCCCACAAAUGUUUUGGGGAUACUUUAAAAAUGAGGAGGAAACCAAAAAGGCAAUUGACGAGGACGGUUGGUUCCACACAGGCGAUGUGGGCAUGAUUGAUGAUCUCGGCAGAAUCUACAUUAUUGACCGUGUCAAGAAUAUGUUCAAGCUGGCCCAAGGCGAAUACGUUGGUCCCGAGCGUAUUGAAUCCAUUUACCAGUCAAGCUCGUCGCUGAUUGCUCAAAUCUUUGUCGAGGGUAACUCGCUUGAGGUCUUUCUCAUUGCCAUUGUGGGUGUUUUGCCUGAAGCUUAUGUGGCCUUUUUGAAGCACCACUUUGGGCUCCACAUUGAUCCCACAGACACUGCUGCCAUGACUGAAACAUUUAAGCGGCUGGACAUCCGUAGGGCCAUUAAUGAGGAAAUUAAUAAGGAUGCUAAGCGUGCUGGCCUUAAGGGCUUUGAGUUGGUUAAGAACUUGGCCUUAUUCCUUGAGCCCAUGAAUGCAGAUAACGGCACUCUGACACCUACUCUCAAGGUCAAGCGUAAAGAAGCUGCUGUUUUAUAUAAGGAUACGAUUGAUGGUCUUUAUAAAGAAGGUCAAAUUGUCGAGAGCUCGACUAAGGCUAAGUUGUAA